CACAAUCGAACGAAAAACAUGGCGGACGCUGCUGCACGGAGGGAGGCCAGGCGCAGGAAAAUCCUGCAAAAUUCAGAGGCUAGGCUGAAAAAACUUGCCAAUAUCGAACACAACAAGCAAGAUAUUCAGAAUGAAGAUGUGAAGGAGACUGACUCUACUACAAAAGACUCCCAGGCAACAUUUUCACACUCAUCAGUUAAACACACAAGAAAUAAUGAAGACUUCACACAAUAUAAAUCUUCAACCAGAGACAUCAGCAGAUCUUCAGAAGAUGGAUCCAUGAACACAGAAAAACUGACAAGAGAAGAAGAUGUGACCACUACGAGAGGCGGCUUUCAUACGACAAGGAAAAACUCAGAACCGAAAAGCCAAGACAGCAGCAACAUUCCUGAGUCUUUAAAUGGGGUUAACGUAGGGUUGUCUGGUAUAGAGAACUGGAUACAGGAGGAUGAUGUGAGCCAGUCUGAGGAAGGGUCCUGGCAUGGUCGUCUGAAACACAUGUUUCUCCUUGUGUUCGCUGUGCUAGUGAGGUGUAUACUCGCAUGUGAAGGUUUACAAGCUGUAGUGAUGAAGUCAGCAGUUAUCCCCUUCCUCAUGCUGCAGUGUUGUGUAGUGGGUUUUGACAUCUUGAUCAGAAAGGGCUCUCCAACAGCACAACCAACCAUGUCCCUCCUGGGCACAGCUCUGGUCCUGACUGGUGUUUCCAAGGUGACCAUCACCAUGGUAACCAAAACAACAACAUACCUGACAGCCAUGCUGUCAGACUUUGCCUGGUACAUGUUUGUAUUCCUGGUAACUCAUAGUGUGUUAGAAACAAUUGGUUAAUCAUAAAGAAAAGAAAGACUACAAAUGUGUACAAAAAUUGACUUCCUGGAGAAAGUCCUUAACAAGAAGUAUGUAGACAUUUAUAUAGUAGUAUUUUAUAUAGUAGUUUUUAGUAUAUAGAGCAAUAUCAGUCCCUAUAGAGUGCAAUUCAUAAAUAUAUGUAAGCACAAAAGGUCAUGUGUGUUAGUAGAAGUGACAUUAUUAACAUAAGAAAAUGAUUUGAAAGUUAGUGUUCCUUAGAAUUAUGUUCCAUAAUAGAAAUGAAUGUACGGGUACUAUAUGUAAUUGUAGGCUGUGUAUAACAAAUUUCAUCAUUCAUGACUUAACCAGGCAUUGCAUAUAUAUUUGUACAGGAAAAAUUACAGGAAAAAAGGACAUUUAAUUGUUGAAUGUAAAAGUAAUGUGCUGUAUGAUGGAAAAAGUGGUUAUGACUUUGCUAGUUUAUGAAUAACACAAAUGUGUGCAGUGUAAAAUCAAUAUGUAGGUUAUAUGGGAAGCAGCGUUAUUAAAAAUCACUGGCAAUAUAAAGUACAUGCUACUACAAUCCAUAGACAUUCUUUUAUGAGCUUUAAAUCGUAAAUAAAUGCAAUAGACGUGUGGUAAGAGUAAAAAUAGGUUUGGGGGUAGGGGUAGUAUGUGUUGUAUUCUUACUGUAUAGUGUAUACCAACCAUUGAUGGAGCUGUGGAUGCUAGGGUUAAGGGACAAAAUACAAUGUAUCUUGAAUAGUUGCAAUGGAGUCAUAAAGUUUGUUGUGUAUUGUACAUACCUCACAAAAUGUCAUGGUUCAUCCCUUACAUAUACUUUAAUCCUAUGAAAAUCAUAUAUAGAUAUACUAUAUGUUCAAUGUAUAUACUUUAUUUCAUGGUUUUGAAAACAUCAUAGAAUAUUUCUAUGUGUAUUUAACCCAUACCAUGCUGUAAGCCAUGCAAAGAUGUAGUGGGAAUAAAGUUACAAACACAUGUAAUGUAUUGUUUGUUAGUAUUGUAUGUUCAUUAACGCAAGUUGUGCUGAUGAUGCUCUAAAUCAUUGGAUUCAGCAUAAUGUA